UAAUUUGUCAAAAACCCUAAGUCGUAGCUCAUUUUGAGACCUAAGCUAAGCAGGAUUAGCUCAUAGAUAAAACUCUCACGACGCUAACUGUUUUUGCUCGGUAGAAUAGUGACCUAGAGCCAUGUUUUGUUGCUGACAUGAAGUUGAAGUUACGUAGGAAACACUGUCGAAGCAGUAAAAUGUGGUUAUUGUUCCGCUUGUUUCCUUUGAUGACCUAAUAACGAGUCGACUGGCCAUCGUUUAGCUAGCUAGCUCAGUAGCUAACGUUAGGUUGUGUAAAAAAGCUGCAUAGGUAAUCCUUGGUAUUAGGUUUGGAAGAUGUUUUCAGGAGUGGCAGGGAUUAAAGACGAAAGUAGAUACAUCUCAGAAUGGAUUUUUAUGAUGCUAGGGUAGUUCUUUCCUGCUGAGUGUUGACUUAAGGCGCUGUAAAUGAAAGAAUACUGCUGAAGGCUGUACUGUGCUGUUGACAGAUACUGGGUAAUCAUGGAACUAGUCUGAUACCAGGACUGCAGGAGAACAUGAUUAAAAGUCCAUCUGUUGACUAGCAGCAUCACAAUGUCUGUCAACGCCCUCCUGCGAUGCACCAUCAGGCUACACAGGAAACAUGUGACUACACAUUUAGUUCAUCAGAGAAGUUUGUCGGGGGCAGAGGCUGUCAAUGCGCUCAGACCGUUUUAUCUUGCAGUCCAUCCAGACUUCUUUGGUCAAUAUCCCAGAGAACGGGAUGUGAAUGAAAAUUCAUUAAAAAGGCUAAAUGGCUAUCUGGAAAACUUGCAAAAGCCUGGGUCACAUUCAGUGCAGCCAAUGAAGCUCACCUUUUAUGUAAGGGACACGAAGGAAAGCAGCGAUGAGCAGCAGGAUCCCCUCAUCUCAGGAUUUCGCUCAGUGAGUUUCAUCCUGCACACAAAUGAUGUCUUGAGCACAGUGAUGAACGUCUUGACGUCCUGCUGUCUACCUGUGGACCACAUGAAAGGACUGAAAGCAAGUACGUCAAAAGAGACAUCAAAAAGCCCACCUGAGGCGCAGGUGCCGUUCUACAGGCCUAUCAAAUGGGAUAAAAGUUACUACACCUUCAGUGGCUUCAGAGACCCUGAACAGGAGCUGCAGCAGGCUAGGAGAGUGGAGCCUACUCUCAGCUUGUGGCUGAGAAACAACGAGCCUGAAGCAACAAAGAAGUACAGUGCUAGUCUUCCUCGGAGAGAAGAGCUGAAGAGACUGCAAAAGGAACUGUGUCACAAAUUUAAUUUAGCAGAUAUCAGGUGGCAACGCAACUGGGGAGUGGCCCACAGGUGUUGUCAGCUUCAGAGUCUGGUCCGACUAUCUCAGCAGAAUCCUGAGGCCCUGAUCCACCUGCAAGGGCAUACCGUUGUGUUCGCUGACCAGUCAGGAAUGAAUGCCUCUGGACAUGUCAUGCUAGGAACCAUGGACGUUCAUAAUCAGUGGAUCAAACUACUAGAGCAGCUGCCCAGCUACCGUAGCCUGCAUCACCAGACAGACUGGCUGAAGGAAAGGAUCAGUCUUCUCCUGGGUGGGACUCAAGUGGUCCACAUGGAAAGGCUGGGACCAGUCCAGCCCAUCACUGAGCACUACAGCAGUCUGAGAAGCUUCCAUCAGAGCUUGAUGUCCCAACGCCUUCACCUGCACCCCAGGAGCCUGCAGGGCCUCACUAUGUUGUUGGAGAACGACCGCUCUAGACCUACUCUUCAUGAGAUGGGUCACUUCAUUAUUCCCACCAACUGUGACCCACCCCAGCUGCAGACCUUCCUCCAGAACCAUGCCCCCGAGGCCAGACAGCGCAUUCAACGCAAAAACCAGCUUCAGGCUGAGGAGGAAGCUGUGGUGAAGCUGUGUCUCCGGAGUCUGUCUCUGAGGAGUCUGACCAAGGAGCCCAGUGUGAGCUCCAGCCAGAUGAUCCUGUGCUGCAGAAGGCUGCUGGAGCAGCACUCCCCACUGAUGCAGGGCCUGCUUAUUUGUGUGUCUCACUUCUACUCAGUCAUGCAAGAUGGAGACCUGUGUGUCCCGUGGGACUGGAAGAGCUGAUCUAGAGGGGCAUGUUCUAGACCUGCACGAUUUCACUUCGUACAGGUCUAAGAGGUAUUUUGAAAAAGAAAAGAAAAAGUCGUUCACACAAGAAAUACACCGAACUUGUUUGCAAGGCAAGUUUAUUUCUAUAGCACAUUUCAUACACGAAGUUGAUUCAAAGUCACUACAGAUUUUGGAUUUUAGAAGGAGAACCCUUUAACCAGGGAAAUAUUCAAGCAGACCAGUGAGGGUUUAUUGAAUAAGAAGCACUUUAUCUUAUUGUUAAAAAAGGCUAAAAGAAAGAGAAUGUGGAGAUCAGUGGCUCCCCCCUGGUGUGUCUGUUCAGAUGAGAGUUGAGGCUUUGUGGUUUAACAAAGUCCGUAUUUAUUGUUGCUGUGUAAAGUGCACUGAAAAACAAUGGAAUAAUAGUUCUUGUAAAGGCACAAAACUAAAGCUAAAUUAGUCACUACCAAUCAACGCACAUGGUGAGAAUUGUUUGAUUUCCAUUAAACAGGCCGAAGUGUUUAGUAGGUUUAAAGUCAUAAUAAGUCAACAUUGCCCCUGUAGAAGUAUCAAACACAGUAUUUUUGUCUAGUAGAAAUCAUAACUGUGAGUGAACAUCACUUAAUUAUGUGAUGAUAAAGUGAUUGUGGGGAGACGAUCCAGAAACAUCAACACAGAGUUCCUUCAGUGUUUUGUCACAAGUACAGUUCGGUACCUUCUGUGUCGUGUGUUUUGCAUAGAGAAGAUGCGACUGGGACUGUGAACUGCUUGUGAACUACGUGUGAUGAUGUGUUGCUUCUGGAUGGAGCUGUUCUACAAAUUCUGGACAUUUCAGAUGCAGUUGUGACACUUAAGUUGAUACGUCUUUACAGAUGAACCCACAUUAAUGCUGUCACUCAAUCAUCUAACACAUGGCUCUGGAGGUGAAGUACUCUCAUCUAGAUUGCAUCUGGAAUAAAAAUGACAUUUUUAUUGUGGACUGUUUAUUAAUGUAUCAUUUAAUGAGAAAAUGACUCUGAGCCUUGGAUUGAUGGUUAAUUAGUUCAGCUCUCUGAUUCAGACAACUUUCAGAAAUACCCUGCUGAGUGUCAGAAUGGGAUAAAAACUGAUGUGUGAUUCUGUCUAGAAUGUAAUAAUGCUCCCUGAGUAUUGUAAUAACCGUUUGUGUUCAGCUCAACGGGAACAUAAAAAUGACAUCACUCUCUCUAUAUAUGACAAAAUUUAUAGAUUUAAGGUCCAAUCUGUAUUUUAUAUUUAACGUCAUUUCCAUCUCAGUCCGAUCAUAGCCUGUUCCACAUUAUUAUUAUUAUGUCCACUAUUAUUAGAUCAUUGUUUUUAGACCCACAAUUCCACUGCAAACAAGUAGCGAUAUUUUAUAGACUAAAAUUAAAAAUGAAAAUUUAGUUACAAAAAGAUCAAAAACAUAAAGUGACAGAAAUGAAAACUGUACAUUUAGACACUACAUAGGAUUAGGUUUAAAAAUGUAUGAAUUAAAGAUUAUACUUUGUGUUGCUGAUGAGUAAAGAGACAAGAAUAAGGGUACUGUAUCUGAUGAUCUUGACAGUUUUUAUACUGGUUCAGCUUGUUUAGGAAAGGUUUUUGUGAAAAGGAGAUGUGUAGUGACCCAAGAUAACAUGGGACCCACACUAUGAUAGAAAACAGCUGGACUCAGACCAGUUAAUAUAAAGGAUAUUAUGAACCAGCUCUGUUCACUUUUACCCAAGAAGAAUCAGUUGAGUGAUUUGUUAGCACCGAUUAGGUAAAGGGUUUAAAGUCUCUCCAAAACUUUUGGCACCAAUGCAGCAAACAUUAAACAUGCAUUUUAAAAUUUUUCCUGCACUUUUAAUUGAAUCAACAUGAUACAGGAGAAAACCAAAGUGCAUUGUAGGUUUCUACAGACCCGUUAGUCCCAAAAUGUCCUUCCAGGAAACUUUUAAAUGUUGACAACUAGGAGGGCAUUUUAAGAUUUGGAGUCAAGUCCCAAAUUUGUCAGUGAUCGGUAUAAUUUGAGAACUCCAGCUGAGACAUGUUGUGGUUUUUAAAUGUAAAGGGACCAUAAAACGUGCUGUUUUGUUUGUGUAUUCUGGGAUGUGUAAGUGCAUCAUUUGUGAGACAAUUUUAGAACGAAGAAAACCCCAAAAAUUCUAUGUCUUGUAUGAUACAUGGGCCAUUUUGACUCCAGAAAUGCCAAAGUCUUCAGCUGGUGACACCCAUUAGAAUUCCCUGACCAGACCAUGUUCUCCUAGAUGGUGAUCUUGAUGUGACUGCUGAUAAUCUGACGCAAAGCUAGUUUACCUCCUUUGCUUUUUGUCACUUGAUAUAUUGGUACAUUUAUGGUUUUCAGCAAAUUCAUGUCAGUAAUGAAAGGUACCAAUUCAAGGGUUUAUUGAGUAACUGUGAAAUGUCUAACAUUAAAUGGUACAUUAAAUGUACUUUAUAAAUUUUACAUAAUUCAUCUCACCAAAUUUAACAAAGCAAUAAAGUGAUUAAAUCUGAGUUCCUUUGGUUA